AUGAAUUUUCAGAACAUUGCGUUUGUUACUUUAGUGGAUCUAUGUAUACUUAAUUUGCUCGAAGGUCGUGGACUAGAUUUUACUAAUGUAAAAUGUACUUCUCUGGAUAAAACAUUCUCUGACUUUGGUUAUUGCUAUUUGAAAGCGGAGAACCGCACGUAUAAGCACUUGUCCCUCAGGGUUAUUCUUUACAAACCACCAGUUAAUCAAUUUAAGGUAAAUCUCGCUCUAUAUAAGCGUUCCAAUGGUUUGAGUCCGGUGAGCUUUAACUUGACCGUUGAUGGAUGCAAAAUGAUAUCUGGUCACCAAAGUCCCUGGGUUAACUUUCUUUUCAGCCUUUUUACUGAGCACUCGAACAUUAAUCAUUCGUGUCCUUAUAAUCAUGAUAUAAUUGUGGACAAGCUGCCAGCUCAUUUUAUUCUUCAAAAGUUUACCUCAUUUCUACCAUUUCCUGAGGGCGAUUAUGUUUUUUCCAGCAAUUGGAUUGCUUACGGCAUUAAUCGUGCCAAUGUAAGGGUGCACAUCUCGUAUACGUAA